AUGCAAGCAGACUCUUCGCCAAAUGUCCCCUUGAAGGCGAAACAGCUUGGCGAAGGGGUGAUCCGUUUAUUUCGUGACUUUGAUGAUGAUGAAGAUGAUUCGCUGCUGAAAGCUGUCGUCACCAACACCAAUGACCAAACGAUGCUUUCGAUAUUGGCGCUUCCCACAUACUUUACGGCAACAGAUCUAUUGGGAUAUAUCGGAGAUCAUUACCUAGAUAGUAUAACACAUAUAAGGAUCCUCAAGAGUGAAAAGGCCAAUCGAUUCUUAGUGCUUCUUAAGUUCAAUGAUGUGUUACGCGCAGCAGAGUUUCAAUACCAUUUUGAUGGAAAGCCAUUCAAUUCCAUGGAGCCCGAAGCUUGUCAUGUGGUUUAUGUGAAGUCGGUCGUAGCUGAAGGGUCUACGAAGUUAGCAGCAAAGGAUACACUUAUCCCGUUCUUGUUGGAGGACCCGUUCACCAGUCAGACGGAGAACAACAAUACACCGGUUGAGCUACCAACAUGUCCGGUCUGUCUUGAAAGACUUGACUUUGAGAUCUCAGGGUUACUCACUAUUCCAUGCCAGCACACAUUUCAUAGUACCUGUCUCUCGAAGUGGAGCGACGAUACAUGCCCUAUUUGUCGAUAUACGAAUAGUGUACUGAAUCAGAAUAUCAAGAGAUCCGUAAGGAGACUUCUGCAAAUUAACUCAAGGAUCCAACAGCAGCAGCUGCUGCAUCAACAUGAGGGUGAAGGCUCAAGCAGUAGAAACAGCACUACAGACCACUGUGUGGAUUGUCUGGCAACGACAAACCUUUGGGUAUGCUUAAUCUGCGGUAAUCUCGGCUGUGAUCGAUAUGCCCCGGAGCAGCAUUCCUUAAAGCACUUUGUAGAAACCGGUCAUUGCUUUGCUAUGGAGCUCAGUACAUCCAGAAUCUGGGACUAUGCCGGUGACAGAUAUGUACAUCGUUUAGUCACCACAGAAGAGGAUGGCAAGAUUGUUGAAUUGCCUGAGAAGGAUGAUACGAAACUGACUAAGGAUCAAAGCAACGACGAGUAUUCCGAGCUUCUUUUGAGUCAGCUUAUCAGCCAGCGAGAGUAUUAUGAGUUACUAUUACACGAGAAGUCAAACAAUGUGGCUCGCAGAGGGUCAUCUAAUGAAGUCAAUUCAUCAAGAGUUACUGAAUUGGAGAGCAAGGUGAGUGAGUUGAGUGAACAAGUCAAGAAGCUCACAUCGAGUGUGAUUCCAGCACUCAACAGAAAGAUCGACAUCAAGGAGAAGUCUCUUAAGAUUGCUGCUAGUGAACUCAACGAAGCAAACGUAUUGAACGAGGGUCUUUCAAACAAGGUUGAUUAUUUAAUUCAAGAGAACGAGAAGCUUAAGACAGAAAGAGAAGACCUCUCCGAGCAGGUAAGGGAUCUCAUGUUUUACUUGGAAUCACAGGCGAAGUUCAAAGAUCAACCAGCAGAAGUUAAGGAAGGGCAAGUGAUCAUGAAACCAAAGAAGAAGAGUAACAUAAAAAAAAAGUGA